UUUUUCUUAUAAUACAGUUUUUGCUUUUUGCUUGCAUUGUUCUAGGUUGAAGCAACUGUUAGAGCUACAGGCCAGUAUCCAGAACGUUUUGGUGAACUCCCUUGCCAGUUUUAUUUGAAAACUGGAACCUGUAAAUUUGGGGCGUCAUGCAAAUUCCACCAUCCAAAGAACGCAGGUGGAUCCAUGAGCCACGUUCCACUUAAUAUUUAUGGAUACCCUGUGCGAGAGGGUGAGAACGAAUGCUCCUACUAUUUGAAAACGGGGCAAUGCAAAUUUGGUAUAACCUGUAAAUUUCAUCAUCCUCAGCCUGCUGGUACAACUGUCCCACCACCACCACCACCGCCACCAGCAUCUGCACCUCAGUUUUAUCCAUCGGUGCAGUCACUUAUGCCUGACCAGUACGGAGGUCCAUCCUCUAGCUUGAGAGUUGCAAGAACUCUUCUUCCCGGUUCUUAUAUGCAAGGCGCCUAUGGUCCAAUGUUACUCACUCCAGGGGUCGUUCCUAUUCCAGGCUGGAGUCCUUACUCGGCACCUGUGAGCCCUGCUCUAUCUCCUGGUGCGCAGCACGCUGUUGGGGCAACUUCUUUAUAUGGAGUUACACAGCUCUCUUCCACCAGUCCUUCGCUUCCCGGGGUUUAUCCAUCUCUGUCAUCUCCUACAGGUGUCAUACAGAAAGAACAAGCCGCCUUCCCAGAGAGACCCGGUGAACCAGAGUGCCAAUACUAUUUGAAAACAGGAGAUUGUAAGUUUGGAACAUCUUGUAAGUUUCAUCAUCCUCGAGAUCGGGUUCCACCAAGAGCUAACUGCAUCCUCAGCCCCAUUGGUCUUCCUCUACGCCCGGGUGUGCAACGGUGUACUUUCUACGUACAAAACGGCUUCUGCAAGUUUGGAUCAACAUGUAAAUUUGAUCAUCCAAUGGGAACCAUCAGAUACAAUCCUUCUGCAUCCUCUCUAGCUGAUGCACCGGUGGCUCCUUACCCAGUGAGCUCUCUCUUGGGUGCUCUCGCAGCCGCGCCUUCUUCUUCAUCGACAGAGCUCAUAACAGGCGGUGCAAAAGAUCCGUACUUGACAGGUUUGCCUACUUCAAGAAGCACAUCAAGCAUCUCGGCAGGCUUGAUAUUCUCACAGAGCGGCGGCUCAAUUCCAUUCUCUGACCUGCAACUCUCGAGCCAGACUUCUCUUCCUCUAACAGGUAGCAGAAUUACAAGACAAGGACGAGAAAUUCGUCGAUCCUUUUGAAAUGAUAAGCGCAGAAGAGGGUACGCAUACGCAGUCCUCUUGCAAUUCUUAAUCUAAAUCAUUAUUAUAUAGAAGCAUGUGAUGUGAAUUUCUAUAUAUUAUAUAUAGUCCCCCGUACCUUAUUAAAAAAAAAAAAGCCUAUUUGAGUAGAAGACCUGAGUGAGAAUCACAUAUAUAAGAGGAAAUCUAUAUGUGCAUAUAUCAAAGACAGGAAAAAAGGCUUCUUCUUUUUUUGUUUGUUUGUUUGUAUGUAUAAUGUUUGUAUAGAGACAGACAAGGUUUCUUUGUCUUGUCCGUACUUCUACUCCAGACCCAUUGCGGCUGAAUCCA